AUGUCUACUUGUACUGGUACUGCGAAUUUUACUUCUUCACCGCUUUCGUUUUCUAAAUCCGCCAUCACCACUUGCUCUUCUCUCCUUCAUGAAUUGCAGGAAAUAUGGGAUGAAAUUGGGGAGAGCGAUGAGGAAAGGGACGAAAUGCUUCUUCAUCUGGAACACGAAUGUCUUGACAUUUACCGUCGAAAGGUAGAAACAAGUAAAAGGUGCAAGGCAGAUUUGCACCAUUCAUUGGCUGAGGCUAAAGCUGAGAUUGCGGAACUUGCUUCUUCUCUUGGGGAAAGAAUUUCCUUGCCACAGUAUGAGAAGAUGGGAGGCAAUCUUAAGGAUCAAAUAUGUGUUAUAAACCCUACAUUGGAGAAUUUGAGGAUGCUGAAACAUGGAAGGGUCAGGGAGCUUUCCAAACUACAAUCGCAGAUUGCUCAGAUAUUUGCAGAAAUAGCAGGCAAUGAUCAGACUUCGAAUCCUGAUGAUAUUCAAGUAGAUGAACUAGACCUGACAACUAAGAAAUUAGCAGAGCUGAACUCACAGCUUCUGGAGCUUCAGUCUGAAAGGAAUUUUCGUUUGCAAAAGGUUAAUAGUCACAUUAGUGCAAUCCACAAGCUCUCAGUUGUCAUGUCACUUGAUUUUAAAAGGAUAAUGGCUGAAAUUCAUCCAAGCUUGAUUGAUUCUCCAACUGGUCAGUCAAAGUGCAUUAGCAAUGAGAUACUCGCUAGAUUAACCAACGAAGUCAAUUCACUGACACAAAAGAAACAAUGUCAUCUAGAAAUGGUGAAAGACCUAGGGAGCACUCUCAUUGAGCUCUGGAACCUUAUGGAUACCCCAAUUGAGGAGCAAAAAAGAUUUGAUCACGUCACUUGCUUAAUCACUUCCACUGUUGAUGAGGUUGUGAGUCAAGAAUGCCUUUCAGUUAACGUGAUUGAGCAGGCUGAAGCUGAAGUUGCUCGCUUGAAUAUUUUGAAAGCCAGCAAGAUGAAGGAGCUAAUAUUUAAGAGUCAAAAUAAAAUUGAAGAAAUCUACAGAGGGGUACAUAUGGAUGUCGAUGGAGAGAAAGCACGAGAGAUUCUAGUCAGUCUUAUGGAAUCUGGCAGCAUCGAUCUUUCUGAUAUUUUAUCAAGCAUGGAGGAACAGAUUGCAAAAGCCAGAGCACAGGCUCAAAGCAGAAAGGAUAUUUUGGAUAAGGUGGCAAAAUGGAAACAUGUGUCUGAAGAGGAAAUCUGGCUUGAUGAAUAUGAAAGGGAUGAUAAUCGUUAUAAUGCUGGAAGAGGAGCUCACAAAAAUUUGAAACGUGCAGAGAAAGCAAGGACUUUGGUCAGCAAAAUACCAUCUCUUGUUGAAAAUUUGACUGCAAAAGUGAAAGCCUGGGAGGUGGAGAAAGGAAUACCAUUUUUAUACGACAAGGCUCCUUUAUUACGGACAUUGGAAGAAUUCACUAUUUUACAACAAGAAAAAGAAGAGGAGAAACGCAGAUAUCGAGAACAAAAGAAGCUACAGGAUCAGUUAGCUGCAGAACAAGAGACUCUGUUUGGUUCGAAGCCAAGUAUGAAAAAACCUUUGGGCGUGAGUAACACAAUGGUAGCCACACCAAAUAGUCGACGUCAUGGAAUAUCAGGUGGAAGGGAACGAAGAGAAAGUAGUAAGGCAAUCCCCAUAAACUAUGUUGCUCUUUCAAAGGACGAUUGA